CCGCGCCGCCGGGAGCUCCCGGAAGACCUGGGCCGCGGGUCCCGCCGCCCCGGCGCGCUGGCCCCGUCCACCGCGCCCCGCCCCGACUCCCCACCCUGCCCGGCCCUCGGCGGGGCGCUGCCGCUCCGCUAUCCCGCGCCGGCCCCGGCCCUGUGGUGACCCCGCGUCCGCCCCGCCCUGUCCGCGCCGGCGGCCCCUCUCCAGGUCGCUGCGGCCCCGGGCCUGACCCGCGUCCGUCCGUCCCGGCUCCUGCCGCUCACGGUCGCUUCGUCUCCGACCGCCCCCAUUUGGCGCCGCGGGGGCCGGGCGCCGGCCGGUCUCGGGCCUUAGGCCCAGGCGAGGAGCCGGGUGUGGAGCCGGGCCGCAUGGGCGGCCCGCCGGGCGGCCCCGGGGUGGCGUGGGUGGCCGUGCGGGAGCAGGACGCGGGGCAGGCCGAGCUGAGGCUGCUCCCCGGAGGCGGGGUCGGAGCAUGGCUGCGCCGCGGACGCCUCCGCGCCUUGCCCGAGCGUCCCCAUAGAUGCAUGUCCCCUGAGUGCGGAGCGGACAGACUAGGCCUGGGCCUCUGGGAGGAUGGUGACCCCCUGGCGCAUCUCCGUCAGGGUCUGUUUGUCGCAUCUCAGGUGUUUUGAGCUCCGAAAGGAAUUUGGUCUUCUCAGACCCUUGGGGUGUUCUCGCAGUACGAGGUUCUGUUGGCUUCUGCUGGGCACUUUGCCCAAACUCAUCUCAGCCUAUGGGGACGGUGGUGAGAGGACCCCUGACAGCUUGUGCCAGCGAAGGGCUCACUGGAGUGACUUGGCAGAAAAUGGGCCAGUGGAGAGGGUCUCCCAGGCUGGCCCGCUGGGCUCCGUCUUCCUGCAUCUCCGUAUCUGGCUUCGGGCUGGUGUUCUCUUGGCAAAAUUCUUCCCCCUCCUUCUCCUCUACCCUCUCACUUACCUGGCUCCCGGCCUUUCCACCCUCUGGCUCCACCUACUCCUGAAAGCCACAGAGACCUCGGGCCCAACCUAUAUUAAACUGGGCCAGUGGGCCAGCACUCGGCGUGAUCUCUUUUCCGAGGCCUUCUGUGCCCUGUUCUCCAAGCUGCAUGUCCGGGUGACCCCUCACCCUUGGACCCUCACUGAACACUUUCUCCGGCAGGCGUUUGGGGAGGACUGGCAAAGUGUCCUCUUUUUUGAGACCCAGGAACCAGUGGGUUCAGGUUGCGUGGCCCAGGUGUACAAGGCGUUUGCCAGCACUGCCUUCCUGGAGAAGGACCACAGACUUGGUCAGGCCACCUGCCUGAAGCUUUCUUCAGGAGCUGGGGCAGUCGGUGGCCUGAGGGAGCUCUUAGGACACCUUGAGAAGGAGCCGAAGCCCACAGGAAAUCUCGCUGACCAGUCAUUUCUAGAAAGGCUGCUUCUCCCUAAAGCUGAACUGGUUGGAAAUGCAGUCGGGUCUCAGGCCUCUGACCACCAGGAUCACCUCAUCCCAGUGGCAGUGAAAGUGUUGCACCCUGGCCUGCUCUCUCAGGUGCAUAUGGACCUGCUGCUGAUGAAGAUUGGAAGCCGAGCCCUUGGACUUUUGCCAGGAAUCAAGUGGCUUAGCUUGCCUGAGAUUGUGGAGGAGUUUGAGAAGCUUAUGGUUCAACAGAUUGACCUGCGUUAUGAAGCUAGGAAUCUAGAACAUUUCCAGCGUAACUUCCGGGAUGUGUCAUCCGUCAGAUUCCCCACCCCUCUGCGCCCCUUCGUUACUAGGGAUGUGCUGGUGGAAACCUAUGAAGAGAGCGUGCCUGUGUCCAGUUACCAGCAGGCAGGAAUUCCUGUUGAUUUGAAGAGGAAGAUUGCGCAGCUGGGGAUCAACAUGCUCCUGAAGAUGAUAUUUGUGGAUAACUUCGUGCACGCGGACCUUCACCCCGGGAACAUCCUGGUCCAGGGUGCUGAUGGACUUUCCCCGAGCCGUGAGGCACAGCUACAGCAGGUGGAUGUCUGUGACACGCUGGUGGUGGCCAUGGCACCUGCCUUGUGCCCGCUGCGCUUGGUGCUGCUGGAUGCUGGCAUUGUGGCCGAGCUGCAGGCUGCAGAUCUGAGGAAUUUCCGGGCAGUUUUCCUGGCUGUGGCUAUGGGGCAGGGCCACAAAGUGGCUGAACUCAUCCUUCAUCAUGCCCGGGCCAGUGAGUGCAGGGAUGUGGAGGGGUUCAAAGCGGAGAUGGCUGCACUGGUGACCCAGGCCCGGAAGAACACCAUCACUCUGGAAAAGCUUCACGUUUCCAGCCUUCUCUCCAGUGUCUUCAAGUUGCUGAUGGCUCACAAGGUAAAGCUUGAGAGCAACUUUGCCUCAAUUGUGUUUGCCAUCAUGGUGUUGGAGGGGCUUGGCCGCUCACUGGACCCCAAGCUGGACAUCCUGGAGGCAGCAAAGCCCUUCCUUCUCAAAGGGCCAGCGUCCUGCUCCUGACCAUGGCAGUGGGCAUGCAGUGAAGGCUGCUCCCAAGGGCCUCUCCUGUGGCAGCUGGAACUUUUGAAAUUGGGAUAUGUGGAGGGCACACCACUGUUUUCCUGUGAUUGGUUUCAGGGUCUGUUUGAAAGCUUUGGGUUAUCUGGGGAGUAAAGGGAGGGAAGGUUCUUGUCCGUUCAGUUGUGGAAGCUGGGCACCAGGGACACUAUUUUAGGGAUAAUGUCUGCAGAGGAGGACAAAUAUGUUCAGUUAUUUUGUUUUCCUGUUUUUUUCUUUUCUUAACCUUCUAUAUACUCCCGGGUCAGGUGGGUCCUGCUGGUGGUUCCUAUGCUGAUAUUUGGAUUAGAAAAUGCCAUAAAAGCCCUGCGUUGUGGUACAUGCUUAUAAUCCCAGUAACUCGGGAGGCUGAGAUAGGAGGAUUGUAACUUCAAGGCCAGCCUCAGCAACUUGGCCUUAAGCAACUUAGGGAAAUCCUGUCUCAAAAUUGGGCAUUCAUGUUGAGACUGCAGUUGCUCUGCAGUGGUGUCCUGCCCCUCUCCAUUUGUGAGGUUAAUUUUGGUUCAUCUCAAUAUAUAGUUACCAUAGUCAGGAUGCCCUUCUCACCAAGGUUUUGGUCUGCAGUGGCACCUAGUGACACUCAAAGUGAACUAAGGUGGCAAUUACUGCAUGCUCCUCUGCACUGGUCCCGCCCAUGGGAUGUCCUCUCAGAGCCAGCAUGACAUGUGGUCAGUUGACACGACUGAUGAGCCUGUAGAGUGGAUGUUAGUAAGGUGUACGCAGCUCUUCAGGUUUCAACAGCAUUUAUCCCUGCACCCCAGCACGUUACGCUGCCCGGCGUGGAGGCGAUGGGUCGACAAUCAAGCCCUUCUGUUCUCUCAACGUCCACUCUGAGUGCAGACUGGAUCCUUCCAUUUUUUCCUUCACCAGGAUACAGUUCCUCAUUUCUCUCUUUUAGGGAGCAAGUAGUUUAUUAGGGCAGAGAUUCCCUUGGUGCCUUUUUUUCCCCAAAGGGCUACGUAGACAUACUAUUUGUUU